CACGUGAUCAAACACGGAAGUACUGACCGCCAUGCAAACAACAGUUUCUUAUUCUAUUUCGGUUCAUAGAUCCUAGUUUUCUAUCCUUUCGGAAGUUGUGAACAAAGGCAUUUUAAAGAGUUUUGUCUUUUGGAGUUUAAAAAUUGGUCAUGACUCAGGCGGAGAAAGAGCAGGACAACGGGAAGGAAAAAGAAAAGGAGAAAGACAAGGAAAAAGACAAGGAGCAGCAGCGCGGGGUGAAAAGACCGAUCGCUCCUCCAUCAAUCCCGGAGCCUCAACAGGAGCAAAUCCAGAGUAAUUUUGUAAUUGUUAUCAACCCUGGUUCGAGGACACUUCGUAUUGGUCGAGCAACAGACACACUUCCCGUGACAGUUGCCCACGUGAUAGCACGCAGGCACAAGCAAAGUGGACAGCCCAGACAUGAAGAUUCUUGGCUGCUGAGAGACGGUCUUAAUAAACCCGAGAGUAAAGAACAGAGACAGAAUGGACUGAAAAUGGUCGACCAGGCCAUUUGGUCCAAGAAGAUGUCAAAUGGGGUACGAAGGACGCCAGUGUCAGCUGAACAGGCCAGAUCGUACAAUUGCCAGAUUCGCCCUGCAGUACUUGACAGCAGCUCGAGGGUGAAGUGGACCAACACAGCCCACCAUCCCCCUUAUUUGGUGGGGGAGGAGGCUCUUUAUGUGAACCCCUCUGAUUGUUAUAACAUCCACUGGCCUGUUGUCCGGGGACAGCUCAACCUUCACUCAGGUCCUGGAGGCUCACUGACUGCUGUCCUGGCUGACCUGGAGACAAUUUGGAGUCAUGUUAUUCAAAAGCACCUUGAGAUCCCACUCAAAGAUUUAAAGUAUUACAGAUGUAUCUUAUUGGUUCCUGACAUCUACAAUAGACAGCAUAUUAAAGCAUUAGUCAACAUGCUGCUGCUCAAUAUGGGCUUCUCAGCUAUUAUUGUACACCAGGAGUCAGUGUGUGCAACGUUUGGCAGUGGCUUAAGUAGUGCUUGUGUUGUAGAUGUAGGAGACCAGAAGACCAGUCUGUGCUGUGUAGAAGACGGCGUUUCCCACCGCAACUCCAGGUUGUGUUUGGCAUACGGGGGCACAGAUGUUACACGUACUUUCUUCUGGCUCCUGCAGAGGGCUGGUUUUCCUUAUAGAGAAUGUCAGCUUUCCAAGAGACUGGACUGUCAGCUACUACAACACUUAAAAGAGACCUUCUGCCACCUGGACCAGGACAUAUCAGGGCUACAAGAUCAUGAAUUCCAAACUCGUUUUCCAGACUCUCCAGCUCUGCUCUAUCAGGUUCGAUUAGGAGACGAAAAAUUGCAGGCACCAAUGGGACUUUUCUACCCGACCACUUUUGGUAUCGUAGGUGAGAAAAUGACGUCACUCCAGUACCGUUCCCAAGGGGACUCUGAGGAUCCCCAUGAUGAGCACUACCUGCUGACUACACAGAGCAAACAGGACCAGUCCUCAAAAUCUGCUGCUGAACGAAAGGCAAGACCAGGUGGCGCUUUGGAAGGUGAGAUGAGCAGUCAAGGAGGCAUAGGGGACCUAUCUGACCUGCCCAGGGGCUGCGGAAUGAUAGGCAGCGGAGGAGGGGAGUUAGAGCUCGGGCCUGCACAGGGGGAGUGUCUGAUGGGCACUGCAGAAGCAGAUGAGCCGUUCUCUGCGCAUCUCUCCAGGAAGACUGCAAUCAUGAGUCAGUUUGAAAGUAAAGCACUGGGCCUGGAUAAAGCCAUCCUACACAGCAUCGACUGCUGUGCAUCUGAUGAAAUCAAGAGGAAAAUGUACAGUUCCAUCCUGGUGGUGGGAGGUGGGCUCAUGUUCCACAGUGCUCAGGAGUUUCUGCUGCACCGCAUCAUCAACAAGAUGCCCCCGUCCUUUAGGAGACUAGUUGACAACGUGGAAGUAAUAACACGGCCAAAGGACAUGGACCCUCGGUUAAUAUCCUGGAAGGGCGGAGCAGUGCUGGCAUGUCUGGACACAACCCAGGAAAUGUGGAUCCAUCAGAGGGAGUGGCAGCGAUUUGGUGUCCGAAUGCUGCGUGAGAGAGCAGCUUUCGUCUGGUGAUACGAAGCUUAAAUUCAUUAAAUGUGAACUGAAAACUCAUGGACAACAAGUAGUAAAGUACAGCAUGUUUUCUGUAACAGACUGGAAUUAUGUCCUGAAUGUAUUCAUGUGUCUAGAAACAUUUGUAAGAGUAAUACAUGGCAAGGAUGAUUUGGCAUCUAAAAAUGACUUCUGGUUAACAGGAUUGUCUAAACAAGAUUUGUUAGAAAGACUUGCUAGUCUUUUGUUUGUUUUGCAAAUAUUAUCUUAAAUGUAAAUUUAACUGCACCUGAAUAAAUCUGUCAUACCUGGAAUCAAAACUAAUGCAUUUCAACAGUUCAAAUACAUACAGUAACUAAAGCAAAAAAGACUCUGAUGUAUCAGGUUUUAACAGUUCACUUUGUAUUUAAGCAGGUUACAAAAAAGAAAUGAACUUACAACAAGAUGGUGUAAAUUAGUGAGUUACCAUGACUAGAGCUGACUAAAGAUUUCAACAAUAAACAUUUCUGGAAAAACUA